ACGCAUAUUUGGAUUGCCAUCCAUGCACAAACAUUGUUGCAUUGUGGAAUGUAUACAACACGCCGUCCAUAUCAUUAUCAUCAGUUUGGCAACAGAAGCAUGGCGGAGAGCGGUGAGAGCAGCAGUCCCAAGGAGAGGUCCAUGAUGGAAAAGUGGGUCAAGAUAGGAGGAGUGGUCUCCUUGUAUUGGUUUGUCUCCAUUUCUAUGGUGUUUCUCAACAAGUAUCUGCUCAGCAGUAAAGAUUACAAGUUAGAAGCUCCUCUGUUCAUCACUCUCUCUCAAUGCACUGUUGCCGCGGUAGUGUUUGCUAUUUUUAUGUCAAUAAGCAGGCUCAAACCUGGCUUAGUAAACUUUCCACCCCUGGAGUUGGACUAUACCAUUGUUCUAAAAGUGCUACCCGUAUCCUUGGUGUUUGUAGGUAUGAUUGUAUUCAACAACCUCACGCUCAAGUACCUCGGGGUGGCCUUCUACAACGUUGGCCGUUCCCUCACUACCGUCUUCAAUGUGUGCUUGUCCUACCUUGUCCUUGGACAGAGGCUCUCAAUCCAAGUGAUUGGCUGCUGUGCUGUGCUCGUCUCUGGCUUUCUGCUGGGACUCUUGGAGGAGAAAGAAAGUGUAGAUAAUCUAUCACUCCUUGGAGUGGCGUGCGGUGUGUUGGCCUCUCUCUGUGUCGCUAUGUACGCCAUCAUGACCAAGAAAGUACUACCAGUUGUCGAUAACAACAUAUGGCGGCUUCAAUUCUACAACAAUCUCAAUGCCAUCCCAAUUCUACUGAUACUGAUGUUGUUGCUAGGGGAAUUCCCCAUUCUCAGCGCCUUCUCGCAUUUGACAGAUAGAUAUUUCUGGAUGCUCAUGUUGAGCUCCGGGUUGCUAGGCAUCGCUAUCGGUUACGUGACCUCUCUACAGAUACAAGUCACGAGUCCUCUCACCCAUAACGUCAGUGGUACGGCAAAGGCUUGUGCUCAGACUAUUUUAGCAUGUGUAUGGUUUGGCGAGGUGAAACCUGUUCUGUGGUGGGCGAGCAACUUUAUGGUCCUUGGAGGAUCCUCUGGGUACACUUAUGUGAGAAUGUCCGAAAUGAAAGCUGAGAAAGAAGCCUCUAAGCAACUAACUGUUGAAGACGGCGAGAACAAUUCAAAAUCAUGAUUAAAAGGCCCUUUGAUAUAAAUUAUUAUUUUAUGAUAUAUAUAUUUCUUUUAUUAUUGGCAUGAUACUUAUAUAUAAUAGUAUGAUUGUAAAGUAUUAAUACAUAAUGUUGACAAAUUAUUAUACGGAAUUAAAAAUAUUCAAUAUUCCA